AUUUCUCUCUCUCCAUUAUUUCCUCACUUCACAACACCUUUUUUUCUCUCCCUAAAAAACACUACUCCGGUCUAAACCCGGUUUUAUUCUUCUAUCAUUCAUCAUUGCUACUACUAUUACUUCUUUUUCUGAUCAAAUGGCGGGAAUGUGUUGCGGUAUUAACGUUGGUGAGAAUGAACCCACUAGUCCGGUUGAACCGGCCUCACGAACCGCAAGGAGGAGGAGAAUGGAACUCCGUCAAAUCAAGUUUAUCACUGAUAUUGCUGAUACUACUCGCUUCAAACGCCGCAAAAUCGAAGAUCAAGAUGAACAACAACAGCAGCAGAAACCGUCGUUGAUUUUACCGGCGACGCAGUGUGAGAAUUUUUUGACCUUGAAAUUUCCCGGCGAAAAACCUAAGGAAUCCACGCUUCAUGAUGAUGACUUUCCUAAGUUCGGUUACACUUCUGUUUGUGGUCGGAGAAGAGAUAUGGAAGAUGCGGUUACGAUUCGUCCUUCUUUCUGCAAAAAAGACGACUCCAAAAAUCAACCCGGAUUUCAUUUUUAUGGCGUCUAUGACGGCCAUGGCUGCUCUCAUGUUGCGAAAAGAUGUAAAGAGCGGAUGCAUGCGAUUGUAAAGGAAGAGAUCGAGAAAAACGACGACGAUGACUGGACUCAGGCGUUGUCUCAGAGUUUCACUAGAAUGGAUAGAGAAGUAGGAGAUAGAGCGAAGAACAACGGCGGUGCUUCAACUUCGACGAGCUGUCGAUGUGAGCUGCAAACACCGCAGUGCGACGCCGUCGGAUCUACCGCCGUUGUCUCCGUCGUAACGCCGGAAAAAAUCGUUGUUUCAAACUGCGGUGAUUCACGCGCCGUGCUUUGCCGUAAAGGCGUCGCCAUCCCUCUAUCUAACGAUCAUAAGCCGGAUAGACCCGAUGAGUUGACCCGGAUUGAAGAAGCGGGUGGUCGAGUAAUAUAUUGGGAUGGUGCAAGAGUGCUGGGUAUGUUAGCAAUGUCCAGAGCAAUCGGAGAUAAUUAUCUAAAACCGUAUGUCAUACCCGACCCGGAAGUAACGGUUACGGAUCGGACAUCAGAUGACGAGUGUUUGAUUUUAGCCAGUGAUGGUCUAUGGGAUGUUGUAUCGAACGAAACGGCUGCGGCCGUGGCGAGGAUGUGCUUGAUUAAUGCUGAAAAGCCGGCAUCGCCGCCUCGUUCGCCUGGGAACGAAGCGGUGGUUGCGGCUACAAAGGAUAGUUCCGAUAAGGCGUGUUCGGAUGCUUCGAUUUUGCUGACGAAGUUGGCUUUGGCGAGGCAAAGCGCUGAUAAUGUCAGUGUUGUUGUAGUUGAUCUUAGGAAAUGAAUGAAAUUAAAAUAAAAAGGAAUGAUUGAAAUUUUGAGGUACUGUAGUUUUGUUGUUAGUAGGUUGGGAAUUUUCAGAUUUUUUUUUUAAAUUUUUUUUUAGCGUUUCUUUGUAGGAAGGUUUCCUAAUAUUGAUGGUUAAAAAAAAUGGCCAAAUGUAUGGAAGGAAGGGCAACUUUGGGUAUAGGAGGAAUCAUCCACGAUGAUGUUAGAUUCAUCAAAUUGUAAAAAAGAAAAUCGUGGUAACUAAUUUGUACCAUGUUCUAUUUUAAACUAAUUAAUUGUAUCUAUUAGUAGAUAUUAUAAUUCCCAAUUAACUUA